UCAAAAUUGUUUUUGAUUUUGUAAAUAAAUAAAUUUUAAAUCGCGUUUUAAAUAUAAUAAUUAAAGUGUAAUUAAAGUUUUAUUGUUUUUGUGAAAGAAAUAUUAAAUAAUUUCUUUUUUUAUUAUCAUGCGAAGAAAAAUAAAAAACAUUUUACGAAAAUGUUUAUAAAAAUGAUAUAAAAGAUUUAAAUUAUAAUUGUUAGAAAUUUGUAUUAUUGUUUUAAGUGAGAAAAAAUACAAUUAAAAAUGAAUAAAGAAGUGUUAAAUAUCGAAGGCGCAACUAAAAAAUCACAAAGAGAAACAUUAACUCCUUAUAAAAUAGCAAUUGUUAUGUUUGUUAAUAUUUAUUGCGAUGAAAAUGGAAAAGAAAUUCUAGAAAGGCGAGAUUUUUGCAUAGCUGCUUUAAAAUUAAUUCAGUCACCAGAUAUGGAUUUGCGUCCACUAUUUAAUUAUCUUUAUUCAUCAGAAUUUGUUCUUCAACAAUUUACACAAAAUCUUGAGAAUGAAUUGAAAUUAUUGUGCGAUAAUGGAGUAAUGGGUUUAUUGGAUCUUUUUGAAAAUCUUGGCAAAUUAACAAAAUCAAAUACCGAACAUUCAUUGUCACAGCCAUUAUUGAAUAAAAAUUCUGUUCUUGGAUUAUAUGUACGUCGAAUUAUUAUUUUAUUCGAAAGAUUGACAUUCUAUCAAAUUGUCUUACUUUAUGAAUCAUUAAAGGAUUAUAUAAAAAGCAGUAUUAAUGAUGAUGCCGAAAAUUCGGUGGGUUUAAAAACUGAUGAAUCAUUUUCUCGUAAAAAUAAACAUAUUUGGGGUGGAAGACAAGCAGAAUUACUUGUUGCACAACAAGCUCAUGCUUUACAAACAGAUGAACAUAAAGCCCUUCCACCAGCUGAACUUCAAGCUCUUGUUCGAGAAUUAUUAACUUGCAGUCCUUAUUACGCGGAAGCUCACUAUUUGAGUUAUCUUAAUUGUUUACGAGUCAAUGAAUAUUGUGGCGCUUUGGAAAGUCUUUAUCAUUGUUUUGAUAGACUAGCACCUUUGGAAAAUCGUUCAACAUCAGAAGAUAGAUCUCGAACUUUUAGAUACGCGGCUUUGAAUCUUGCAGCACUUCAUGCGCAAUUCAAUAAUAAAGAUGUUGCGCGUUCAGCAUUGAAAGAAGCAAUUAUGACGGCUCAAGAAGCUGGUGACAAUGUUUGUCUUCAACUUGCUCACGCUUGGAUGUAUCAUUUAACAGAUGAAAAAAAAGGUCCACUAAUUGAAAGAUCUGUUGGUAAAGCUUGUAUGUUAGGAAUUUCACAUACAAUAAGUUUGGGUCUAAUUGCAUCGGCACAUAAUUCAGCAAUGGAGGGAGAUAAUCCUCAACAUAUUUUUGAGACUCUCAUGAAAUCGGAUAUUGUCAAUUGUCAACAUUCAAUGAUUGAUCUUAUGUCAAUGACCUUAACGGAAAAAGCCGCAUUGUGGGCAUAUUAUGGAAAAACUGAAAUGUCCUCAAUAUGUUCGCAACUUUUACUUUUACACAAUACAGGAGAAAAGAAACAACAAAUAUUUAAUGGUCCAUCAACGUGUCAAGCUGUUGUUAAUAUUGCUAAUAUUCUUGUUGAAUUUGGUGAAUAUAAUUUAGCCAGUGUUGUAUUAGAUCAUGCCAAAGAAAGAUUUCCCAAUGAGCCCAGUAACAAGGUUUGGAAAUUAAGUGAACAACUUUAUGAAUUUAAUCAAUUGUUAAAAAGUGAAAAAUGGCGAGAAGCAGAAGCGAUAGCGACACAAAUUGUGAGUUUAGAUCCAUUGGAAAGUAAAUUUAGACAAGUCGAGGUUUGUUUAGCAAAAGGCGAUUAUCCAAUUGGAUUGGAAAUUGUAAAUAGUAUAGAAAAUAUGAAAGGUGUAACGCCACAAAAUCAAGUUCGAGCAAUGCUUCUUUCUAGUCAAAUAACUUGCGCUUCGAUACAUUUGGGAUCAAGUAUUGCUGGUUGCAAUUCAAUUGUCCUUUUAAAUACCGCUCUUGAAAUCGCUACGAAAAAUCAUUUAUCAUACUAUGCGGCACUUAUAAAAAUGCAUUUAGCAAAUAUACAGCUUUUAAUGGGUAUGCCUUAUCAAGCAUCGAAAUUGGUUGAUGAAGCAAUUGUACAAAUCCUUACACAUGGUGGUUUUUAUGAUCAAGGAAGAGCAUUAGUUUUACGUGCAAAAUGUUUGGUAGCCACAUCGCCGCCUUCAAGUCAAAAGCACAAUGCAGCAAUUUUAAAUGCAAUUAAAUCAUUGCUAAAAGCAAAAAUACAUUUUCGUAAAAUUGAAGCCUACGGUCGUGUUAAAAGUACAUUGUAUUUGCUAUCAAUUUUUUACAAUGAACUCGAUAUGAAAAAAGAAAGAAAUCAAUGUGCUUUUGAAUUUCGUCAACUUGAUGAACAAUAUUCCGCAAAAUUGAAUACAAUCUCUUUGUAUUGAUUUUUUUUUUGUAUUUUAAACUGUACAUAUAUUUUUAAUU